UCACAAUAAUAGAGAGAUAGAGCUCAAUGUACAUGAGGGUUAACAAAGAGCAAUUGGGGGGAGGAACAGCAGGCGCACCCAGACAUCUCAACUAGGUUGACACUCUCUUAGCGCCCUCAUCAUAUCCAAGAAGCGAAAAUAAAUCCCUUAUACUAGGUUCCUAUUCUCAAUACAAUAUAAAAUCAAAAAGCCUCAAAUACAAGGCCAAACAUAAUGAUAAAAUAAUCUGUCCAAAUAAAAACACAAAACAAAGGCAGAAGGUCGAGAACAAAGAAGAAUAAUCCUUGAUUGAGCAGAAAACUGGUUGAAGUAGAGGGCUGAUCCGGAAGACAUAAUGAUCGAGGACUUCAAAGUGGGGAGGCUAUAAAGGCUGGCCAAUUUAAUAAAAUUUCCUGCGAAGAGUAAUCCAGAAUAUAUUUGGAUAAUGAACACCAUGAAGAUGCAUUCAAACGAGCAGAAUCAUAACGUUCCUUCCAAGUUGAAGGUUUAUCAUGGAAAGCCAUUUAGCUAACCGAUAUUGGUUAUGAAUCCUCAAAUUACCAAUCUCAACACCCCCUUCCUCCCCUGCUUCUAAUUUCUUGAUUUGGUCCGGAGGCUUGUUUUCCUUUCCUUUUGGAUUUAGUUGCUCUUUGAUGAACAAGGAGGCGACUGACGUUGUCUCUUUGUUGUUGUUGGGGGAGGUUAACUUUAGGCGUGGGAGAAGAGAUUUGUGUGUCUGGGAUCCCGACCCUCUGAGCAGUUUCUCUUGUAAACCUGAUUUUUUAUGUUUGUUGGAUCAUCUCCCUUUAUUGUGUCUGUUUUUUCAGCAUUUGGAGGAUUAAGAUUCCUAGGAAAUGGGGUUAUUAUUUUGGCAAGUUUUACACAGAUGUGUGAACAUCUUGGAUCGGCUGAAAAAGUGUGUGAUGAUAACAAGCUUUGCCUGAUGCAGAUCGGUGCUUUGCUUGAUGCUGAGAAAGCUAAGGCCAAGUACUGAUAUGCUUCUCUAGAAAACUGUCCAGAUCGGUUCUUUGACUGAUACUGAGAAAGCUAAGUACAGUAGCACUAUUUGCCCUGAUAGAGGAACCUUCAUUACAUUUUACAAAAGGAACUGUUGAUUGUUCAUGGUAAUGAAAGUGCUAAGCUUGUGAAGGCCUUCUGUAACAUUCUGGGUAUUGAUGUUGUGAAUGUUGGGAGGUUGAAUCUUUUGGAGCUGUCUCCUGGAGGUCAUCAUGGAAGAUUUGUUAUCUGGACCAAAACUGCUUUUGAAAAUCUUGAUUCCAUUUAUGGAUUGUUUAAGAAGUUCUAUGAGAAAAAGAAGGGUUACGUUCUUCCAAGGGCGAAAUGGUCAAUGCUGAUUUAGCUAGGAUCAUCAAUUAUGACGAGGUUCAAUCUUAACAGCACAUCAAGAAGGAUGUGAAGAGACCUUUAUUGGAGAUGAACCCACUCAAGAGCCUUAGCUCCACGUUGAAGUAUAAUUCAUAUGCUAAGACUACAGGAGAAUGUCUUUACUGGCCGAGGCAUAACAUGAAAGUAAAGAAGGAAAAGCUUGACAAGAAAAGGAACAUUAUCCCGAAGGAGGAGGCUGCAACAGUAGAGGCAGCUGGCAAAGCAUGGUACCAGACAACAAUUUCAGAUAGCGAUUACAUCGUGUUCAAUUAACUUCUCCAUGUGGCUUGGUGUCUCUCAAUGAUUUUCCUUCUUUUCUUUGACAUUUUCAUAGCCUUAGUCUGGUUUUAAUGUUUCCUGUUCUUCUGGAUGAUCAAUCUCUGUUCACUGAAUUUGGAAAGUUCAUCGAAUCUGUAGAUGAUAUCCAUGAACUUGCUUUGGAUGGACAGCAGCAGUUUCCGGGUGCUUAUGCCCUUUUCUUUUUCAAUAGAAGAGUGCGUUCGGUAGGUCAUCGCUUAGCUGCUUCAAUGGGAAAACUAAGGAUGGCGACAGAUUUGGAACCUUUGCAGCCUUUGCUUAAGAAAUUUAUAACUUUUCUGGAAACAGAAGCUCUGCCAUCAACUUCUCUGAUGCCAAGGCCAAGAGUACAGCUAGACCGUUUAUCUGUAUGGCUUGGGAUUAAGUCAUUGCUUGGAUUCUUGGAGCCUCCUGCAUUUGAGGAAGGGAUAUUGGAGCGUUAUCCCAUUUUUCUUGACAUCGUACUUAAUCAUAUAAGUAGCGACUCACUUGAAUUUGCUCAUGCAGUUACAUGCUUAAGACUACUCUUUGAGAUGCUUGGCUGUGAGCUUUGGUUGAGAUCUACAUUAUCUCCUAGUGUGAUGCGUAACACUUUAUUGGGUCAGUGCUUCCACACUCGAAAUGAGAAAAGCCAUAAAGACAUUUUUGAUCUUUUUCUGCCGUUUUUGCGGUCUCUCGAGGCUUUGCAAGAUGGGGAACAUGAAAAGCAACGUACGCAUUUCCUUUAUUUCCUUCUUCAUCAAGUGCCAGUUAGCAGUAAUUUUAGUGUCUUAACCAGGCAAAAGGCUUGUCAGAUAGCUCUUCAAAUUGUUCACCGAGGAUAUAAGAUGAAUCCGCCAUGCCCUCCUUUCGAGUGUGCACACAUGUGGGGCCCUGCUCUUGUGUCAUCACUGAAGGAUUCUUCUCUACACAGCUCACUGAGGCAACCUGCAUUUGAGCUUAUACAAUCUAUUAUAGUAUCAGAUGCUGCUGCAUUGAUUCAUUCAAUGCUGGAUAGUUGUAUAGUACCUCUCUCCAAUAAAAGUAACGUGAAUUAUAGCUUCGUCAUUGCUGAAGAAGAAAACACACUUAUUUUUGCUCCCAAUGAAAUGGAUGAUAAUUGUUGGGGUGAAUUCAGUCUGCAGAGCAGUAUAAUUUCAACAGAAUUUAAACAGUGGAUGUGCGUACCUAUGUUAUGGAUUGAUGUUCUGGUUGAUAUUGAUCCCUUGGUUCUGCCAAUAUCUUUUUCGAAAGCCAUCUUCUGGGCUCGAUCACGUUUUUCUAUGGUAGAAUCUGAAACCACUGCUGAAUCUGAACUUCCACUGAGAACUUGGAUAUCGUCGUCUUCUUUUGAAAUCUCCAGUUCACUGGGAUGGAAGGUGCCAACUGGUUCUGAUGAUGGUGGGGAUGGGAAAGAGCCAAAAAACUCACUAAAAGUGUGCACGAUGUCCCUUCCUUUAAUAAAAACAUUUACAAGGUUGACUGCUCAUUUCUUAGUUCUCUUGGGGCAAGGAGAGCUGAGGAAGCAGUGGACUUGGGAGCCAAGAAUGGGGGAAAGUCUGAUCCUUUCGCUUUUUGAUUCUAGUGAUAAAGUAAGGCAGUUUGGAAAGCAUAUCUUGGAACAAAUUUCAAACACAAAGGGCCUGUCUUGUGGAUUGGAAUUUCUUUGUUCUUCUGAGCACUCAUUAUCUGCCGUCUUUUUGGGAAUGAGACAUGCUCUGAAACUGGUUCAAAUGGAUUCUAUCCUCGUGAAAUUUCAGAAUCUGCAUCAUUUGUUCUUCAUACUUCGUAAGCUAGUAGAAGGUGAUUCACUUCAUUCAGCUUUGCCAGAAAAUUUAUCCAAUCAUACGGAUGUCACAAAUACCUCUUCCCAAGGCGGAUUUCUUAGACAACCAGUUUUUGAUGCAUCAAUGCUGAACUUCGGCAAACAAUCUUCAAAAGUUAAUUCUAAAUUACUCCAACAGUUCAGUUGUUUACUAUCUAAUGCAGCGUGGCCUUCUAUUUUGAGGCUAUUGGUUGAAGGCAAGGGCUUUCUCGAUUACAGUUAUUGUCAAAUGACUUGUGUCCGCUUACUUGAGAUCAUCCCCAUUGUUUUUGAACGCUUUAACCCAUCAUUAGUUGAACUCUCUGGUACCAAGAUGGAAGUGAAAGAUGCAUGUGGUUUCAAUUGGCUUCAUGAUCUAAUGGAUUGGGGAAAGUCAUCUCUUAAGGUUGUUGUCACUUACUGGAGACGUGCUAUAAUUUCAUUGCUGAACUUCAUUAAGGGAUCAUGUUGUCUUUCUGCUACAUCAACAAUUAGGGCUAUCGAACACCUUAUAUCAUUAGGCGAAGAUGCUGCUGCGACGGAUGAGUUAACUGAGAAGGUAGCUCACCUAACGAUUUUAUUAUCCAAGAGCGAAAAACACAAUAUUGUCAAGACCAAUUUGCAAACGGACGCUUUAGUGCUUGAAGACUUCCCAUCUGGCCGCAAGCUUUCCACCACAACAUUUGAGUCUCCUGGUGUAGAGGAUGUAGAUGUGCCGAUGUUGGUCAACAGUUCGGAGGCUAAGAAGGAAAAUUUUGGUGAAUUGAUUGUCCUUUCAGACGAUGAAUCAAAACCGCAUGUUUCUCCGAUGAGAGCCUUUCUAUCUGAAUCUGAUGUAGGUAUAGCUCCCAGUAAUGAAAAUGAUACCCGAGGUGAUUUUGGAAAAAGUAAGAUUUUGGUUGUUGAGCCUUCAAAAUACGCAGUGGAUAGAGACCAAGAAAUAAAUGAUCAAUGUAGCUCUACUUUUGCACUCAAAGAGCGUGCCUCUGGCAAUUCAAAAGCCAGCCCAGCAAUGUCAUCUUUCUUGAAAUCUAAGGAUGUGGAUGCCAAACCUAAAGAAAUGGACUCUGAAUGCAUUCUAAGUAAAAAUGUUGCUCAAAAUGGUAGAAUUAAUUUGAAGGUCCUAUCUAAUAAAGCAACUGGUUCCAAAAGCAAAAAUCAAUCUUGUGAAACUGCAGUUUCUGUAGCAGAUUGUGCUGUUUUGAAACAAGUAGUGUCAGAUGCUGCUGAUGAUCCGCUGGAAAUUGAACUCAAUUCUGCCAGAAACCAGAAAACAAAUAUUUUAAAACCAAUCACCAUUGUUCCCAAGCGACGAGUCAUCCAACUUAAAACACCUGAUGAGAAUAGAGCUGUCCAUUUAAAAAGGCAGAUGAUCGGUGCAAAAAGAUUUAAACCACCAAGGCUUGACGACUGGUAUAGAUCUAUAUUGGAAUUAGAUUACUUUGCCAUGAUUGGUUUGACAUCAGCGAGUGAAGAUAAGAGUCAUAUGGUUAAACAUUUACAAGAGGUUCCUGUAUGUUUUCAAUCACCGGAACAGUAUGUAGAGAUUUUUCGGCCGUUGAUUUUGGAGGAGUUUAAAGCUCAGUUACGCAAUUCUUUUGUUGAGAUAUCUUCUUGGGAUGAGAUGUAUUUGGGCAAGAUUUCUGUACUAUCGGUGGAGAGAGUUGAUGAGUUUCAUCUUGUUCGUUUUGCCUAUGAUGACAACAACUCAGUGGCUUCUAAAAACUUUGCCGAAAAUGACCUCAUUUUGCUAACUAAAGAGCCUCCUCAAAAAUCUCCGCAGGGUGCACAUAUGGUUGGAAAGGUGGAUAGGCGCGAGAGAGAUAAUAAAAGAAAAAUGAAUCUGCUCAUAAUUAGGUUCUAUUUAUUGAGUGGUUCUUCUCGAUUACAUCAAGCCAGAAAGAACCUAAUUGAACGUAGUAAAUGGCAUGCAAGUCGGAUUAUGAGCAUUACACCUCAAUUACGAGAAUUUCAGGCACUUUCAUCAAUAAAGGAUAUUCCUGUUGUUCCAACAAUAUUAAAUCCCAAAACUUCUUCUAUUCCUCAUGAUGAAUCCAAAGUAGUUGAUCUAAGUAAACUGUCCCGACCAUUGCAACAGAUAUUGAAGUCAUCCUUUAAUGUCAGUCAACUACAAGCAAUUGACGUUUCCAUAGGAUCAAGAAAUAUGAAGAAUGACCUGGAAUUAUCCCUCGUUCAGGGUCCACCAGGUACUGGGAAGACAAGAACUAUAUUGGCCAUUGUCAGUGCCUUGCUUGCUUCUGCUUCACAAAAAACUAACCUUGCUGCAUCUUCUCUCAAUAGAAGUUUGAAACAAGACAAUUCAAGGCCAAAGAUUAGUGAGGCUGUCGCAGUUGCAAGGGCAUGGCAAAAUGCAGCAUUGGCUAAACAAUUGAAUGAGGACAAGCAAAGGAAUUCAAUAUCAAUAGAUUGUACCAUGAAAAGAAGGGUCCUUAUUUGUGCUCAAUCCAAUGCAGCGGUUGAUGAAUUGGUAUCCAGAAUUUCCAAUCUUGGUCUUUAUGACGGUGAUGGUAAGAUGUACAAGCCAUAUCUUGUCAGAGUUGGAAACGCUAAAACGGUUCAUCCAAAUUCACUGCCCUUCUAUAUUGAUUCUCUUGUUGAUCAGCGGUUGGCUGAAGAGAGAAUGAAUUCUAAUGAUGCGAAGAAUGAUUUAGGGACAAACUCAUCUAUGGAACUUCGUAGUAAUCUAGAGAAGUUGGUAGAUCGUAUUAGAUAUUAUGAAGUCAAAUGUGCAAACCUGAGGGAUGAAAAUCCUGACCUCAAAAGUUCUGUGGAAAACCAUGCGGGGGAUGAUGAAAAGGAGAUGUCUUUGAAGGAAUUACAAUCAAAGCUUCGAAAACUAUAUGAACAAAAGAAACAAAUAUAUAAAGAUAUUAGUAUAGCACAGGCAUUUGAGAAGAAAUCUAACGAGGAAGUCAAAGCACUGAAGCACAAAUUGCGAAAGUCAAUACUAAGGGAAGCUGAAAUAGUGGUAAGUACUUUAAGUGGCUGUGGAGGAGACCUUUAUGCAGUGUGUGCUGAGUCAAUACUAAGUUGCAAGUUUGGAAGUUCAUCAGAAAACACUCUAUUUGAUGCUGUUGUGAUUGAUGAAGCUGCUCAAGCUUUGGAACCUGCUACUUUAAUACCUCUUCAGCUUUUAAAAUCAAGUGCAAUCAGAUGCAUAAUGGUUGGAGAUCCAAAGCAGCUUCCUGCGACUGUUCUUUCUAACGUUGCAAGUAAGUUUUUGUAUGAAUGCAGUAUGUUUGAGCGAUUACAAAGGGCUGGCCAUCCAGUUGUCAUGCUGACAAGACAGUAUAGGAUGCAUCCAGAAAUCUGUCACUUUCCAUCUCAGCAUUUUUAUGAUGGAAAGUUACUCAAUGGAGAUGGGAUGUCUGGAAAAAAUGCAUUGUUUCACGAGACAAAAGGUUUGGGACCAUAUGUUUUCUUCGACAUUGUCGAUGGCAAGGAGCUUCGAAGUAAAAGCGGUGGUGCAUUUUCACUCUAUAAUGAGCACGAGGCUGAUGCUGCAGUUGAGCUAGUGAAGUUUUUCAAAGAGAGCCAUCCGACUGAGUUCAACAGAGUAAGAAUUGGCAUCAUAACUCCCUAUAAGUGUCAACUGUCACUACUACGAUCCCGUUUCUCCCAUUCAUUUGGAGCUUCUUUGGUAGUUGACAUGGAAUUUAAUACUGUGGAUGGUUUCCAAGGUCGUGAGGUUGAUAUUCUGAUUCUGUCAACUGUAAGAGCAGGAGAUUCAAGUCCUCAUUCUGGAAAGAACUCUAGUGGUAUUGGGUUUGUUGCUGAUGCUAGACGUAUGAAUGUUGCUCUGACAAGAGCAAAGCUUUCUCUUUGGGUAUUAGGAAAUUCAAGGACUUUGCACGUGAACCCUGACUGGGGAGCUCUUUUGAAGGAUGCUAAAGAGAGAAAUUUGGUUGUAUCAGUAAAAAAGCCAUAUGACUCAAUGUUCAAAACUACUAAUCUUAGAAAUUCUAAUCUGCAGACUACGGAGAAUAAUUCAAAAACUCCGAAGCAUACUGACAAUAGAGCAAGGCACCAUGCAAAACGUAGUGGGAAAAAAACCUUUGAAAGUGAAGGGAAAGAUACUCCCACUCAAUGUACUAAAACUAACGAUAUUGAUUCCAGUCAGGAUAACGCCUCUGUUAAAGAGGAUGCUAUUCCUCCGGUUGCUGGCGGUAUCAACCGACCCUCUAAAGCUGCUAAGGGCGCUGUUCGCAUGGAACACGGCAGAGACUUCGAAAGUAAAAGUGGAAAGAGUGCUGAGAAGAAAUUCAACAAGUGCAAUACCAGUCGUGGUAAGAGGAAAGUAGACCGUGAAAAGUCGAGUAAUUUUGAUAACUCUGAACGAGGUAAGGUUGAUAAUCAUACAUUAAAAAGACCAAAAGAGUCGCCCCAGCACGAUACAAUUUGUAUUAAUUUGGAAUCUCCAGCUCCCUUGGUAGAAGAAAGCUCCAAGGAGGAACGUAACAAUAGUGCUGCACCAAGUCGAUGUGACACUGAAAAGGAAUUGAUAGUGAAAAGGAAAAAACAGCGUGAAGCUGUUGAUGCCAUCCUUUUUUCAUCACUAAUUCCUUCGAAGAAGUCCGAAAUGUCAAUGAAACUUAUCUCAGACAAAAAACCACAUUCACUUUCAAAUGUUCGUGGUAGCAUGAAACCUCCAAAGGGAAGAAAAGGCUGAUGGUGUCUAUCCAUUUGAGGUUUGGAACAUACCUAAUUCAAUUAUGGAACGCUGGUGGUUGAAGAUAUCAUUCUUGCACCUCUUUUUUGGACUGACUUGUAGAGUUUUGUCAAUAUUUUGAUCGUUAACAAAAAUGAAAAUUUUUUGUUCACUUCCUCCCCUUGGUUGAUUAACUGUAACGAACACUCAAAGGUGCAAUAUAAUAGAUAUAUAUUACAAUUUCUAGCACAAGGAAAGCUCAGUA